AUGCCCCGAAGGAAGUCUGCCAUCAGCGCGCGCACAGACGACAGCGAGAUGGACGUCGACGCUUCCGAUUACAAUCCCAAGGAUUUGGCCAAAUUCCUCCUUGGGCAGAAUCCGGUGAUCCUUGAGGAGGUGGAUCAGACUGCGUUUAACAGCCUCAACCACAACACAGAAGAGCUGGUCAUCACUGAAGACAAGGACCGGCCACUGUCUAAAGGAGAACUGCGCAGGAGAAUUAUAAAUCAGGUGAUGCAGACAGACAGUUCACCCGGAGAGACGGCGAGAAAAAGUUCUGUGGAGAGUUCGCCGAGCAGCAGCAGACAGCGAUCACUGGACGAGCCCCAAAUCUGA